AUGCACUUCCGCGUCGUUCUCGUCCUCGUCGUGGCCACCAUCGUUACAAGCUGCAUCAGACCUACCAGUGCGAACCUUUCCGCUAGCGAGGGCCGUCACGACGAGAGGACCGAAGCUCACUAUCUUCGUGGAGAAGACGCCCUCUCGGCAGAGGACAGUCUCUUGGAGUCCAGUCCCUUCGACAACAAGCCGAAGCGUUCUCCCUCGGAGGAGGCCCCGAGCGCUAAAGCAGCAGACCAAGUCGAGCUGACUCUUGUACGUCAAAAGAAGCUGGAAGCUUUAUCGAAGAUAAGCGAAGAGAGAGGAGGCAUUUCCUUGGGCCAGUUCAUGCUCUGGGGCUCGCUAAUUGGACUGACUGGAGGUGGCGCGAUGUUGACAUACCAACACUUGAAGAACCCGUCGCACCCACACGAAGCGGCAUUUCCGGGCAACAUGACAGGCGCUGUCUAA